AUGGAUUACCCCGCAAAUGAACGAAAUGCAGUUAGGAGGGGUUAUAUUCUUAAAAAACCUUGCCAACCAAAAACUCAUGACUUUCCUCAAAGACAAGUGUCUGGUUUACGUUGCUUUAGUGUUCAUUGGUUCAAGAAAUGGGAUUGGCUUGAGUAUAGUAUUGAAAAAGAUGCCGCAUUUUAUAUUGUGUGUUACUUGUUCAAGAAUGAAGUUGAUAGUUAUUCGGGGGGUGAUGCAUUUGUUGAUGGAGGGUUUAGGGCAUGGAAUAAACCGGAAAGAUUUGAGAAGCAUGUUGGUGGAAUUAAUAGUUUGGCAUUUCGUGGACAUGAUGAAAGUGGGGAGUCAUAUAAUAGGGGUAAUUUCCUUGAGCUUUUGAAAUUGUUAGGAGAAAAGGUUGAGGAAGUAAGACAACAUACUCUUGAAAAUGCACCUAAAAAUUGUCAAAUGAUUUCCCCUUCUAUUCAAAAGGACAUUAUUAAUUGUUGUUCCAAAGAAACAACUAGGUACAUAAUAGAAGAAGUUGGUGAUAAUUACUUUGCCAUAUUAGCCGAUGAGUCAAGUGAUGUGUCCCAAAAAGAACAACUAGCUCUUGUUUUGCGCUUUGUUAAUAGAGAUAGUGGAAAGGUAAUGGAGCGAUUUUUAGGCAUUGUUCAUGUUGGUGAUACUACCGCUUUAACUCUUAAAGAUGCAAUCAUGUCUUUACUUGUUGAACAUUCAUUGAGUCCAUCUAUGAUAAGAGGGCAAGGGUACGAUGGAGCUAGCAACAUGAAAGGUGAAAUAAAUGGUCUUAGGACUUUGAUUAUGAAUAAUGAUACUCCAAGUGCCUACUACAUACAUUGUUUUGCUCAUCAACUUCAACUAACACUAGUUGCCGUUGCUAAAAAGAAUGAUAGUUGUGGUUGGAUUUUUGAGAUACUUGCAAAUUUAUUGAAUGUGGUUGGAGUUUCUUGCAAGAGAAGAGAAAUGAUUCGACAAGAUCAAGCUCAAGAAGUUGCUCGAGCAUUGGAUGUAGGGGAUAUUGUGAGUGGAUCGGGUUUAAAUCAAGAACUUGGUUUGAAAAGGCCCGGGGAUACUCGUUGGAGUUCUCAUUACAAGUCUCUUUCAAACAUCAUCCUCUUAUUUCCUACAAUUGUUAAGGUACUUGUACACAUUGGGAAGCAUGGUGUAUCGGAAGAUAAGUUCAAAGCUCAAAUUGCUUUAGGACAAUUAGAGUCAUUUGACUUUGUUUUUAUUGCUUACUUGAUGUUGACUAUUUUUGGAUACACUAAUGAUUUGUGUGUUGCUUUGCAAAGAAAGGAGCAAGAUAUUGUAAAUGCCAUGGAACUUGUCACUUACACAAAAAUAGUGUUGCGAAAAAUGAGGGAGCAAGGAUGGGAUACUCUCUUAAACAAGGUAACUUCAUUUUGUGCUAAACAUGGUAUUGUUGUUCCCACUAUGGAUUCUCCUUAUGUUCCUCAAGGAAGAUCAAGACGUUUUGUUGAAGAAGCAACAAAUCAACAUCAUUUUCGGGUUGGAAUUUUUUUAAGAGUGAUUGAUUUGCUUCUUCAAGAACUUGAUGAUCGAUUUAAUGAGAGGAAUAUGGAGAUACUAAUGUGUAUGGCUUGUUUAAGUCCUAAAGAUAACUUCUCAUCCUUUGAUAAAGAUAAGGUACUUAAACUUGCCUCUUUUUAUCCCGAAGAAUUUUCAAGCUUUGAUUUGAUGACUCUUGAAUGUCAACUUGAUAUAUUCAUGGAGAAUAUGCUAAAUGAUGAAAGAUUUCAAGGUUUAAAUGACCUUAAUUCUCUUUCUAUGAUGCUUGUUAAAACUAAUAAGCAUAAGACUUUUCCUCUUAUUCAUUUGCUUAUAAAGUUGAUGUUGAUUCUUCCGGUUGCCACGACAAGUGUUGAAAGAGUCUUUUCUGCAAUGACACAUGUGUAA